AUGCUCAAACGACUUGUCCUCGGUUUCGCUGCAGCGAAACACCUCCAAAAACCUAUAAGACGAGUUGCCACGAUACAGCCUAAUAUAAGAACCAGAGCUUUCCAUGAGGGUCUUGCGUUUCGUAGCGCAUGCGAUUUUGGACGUCCUUGUGAUUGUUCCGAGUGCUCAAACGUGAGGCGAAAACCUAUUUGCGAAGUCUGCCACAUCCUACCUACCGCGCAUCAGUCAUCCAUUUACACUUGGGAUCGUAAAGGUGUUCCGGGCUACAAUCUUAGGUCUUAUUGCGAAGACUGCUGGACGAAGUACCAGACAAGAUUGCACGAGGACGAGCAGAAGGCAGCCUUGAAACGAGCGGCCCGCGUAAAAGAAUUGGACGAGAUGAUGGAAAGAGUGAAGCUUAUUCGCGGCAAAGAGCGAGUUCCCGUUCGUUAUGCCGUGAAUAGAUUCAUAGAAGGAUUCAGAAGCUGGAACACUCAGCAGUUGAGUCCCUUAUCAGAGUCAUCACGAGCUUGGUAUCAAGGGGCAUUUUUACGUAGCCUUUCUCAAGAACUUCAGAUUGACAAGGUGAGAAACAAAUACUUGUGUAAUAAAGAGCGUGUCGAUGCGAUGGACUUUGAAGUGUGGUUCCGUGCAAAAUGGGAGCGAUAG